AUGCACUCAUUAUCCUUAUACAAACAUAAAUAAGACAUGGAAAUUUAAAGAGCUCAUUAAUAUGAACAAUCCUUAAAAGCUAAGGAAUUAUAGAAAAGUCAAUUAUUAUAUAAAUCUUGUGAGAGAUUAUAAAUGUUAUCAGAUAGAUAAAUGUAAAAACUGAGACUUAGUUAAAUUUCUGUUUUUAAACAUGAAUAGAAUCAUUAAAGAUUUAAAUCUUAAGAAAGUGAAGCUAUACAUACUCGGUAUUUCAAUUUAUUAUAAAAUUAAGUCCUAAAAUUGAAUUGGGUAAAGAAGCUUAUGAUAAAUGGAUAUUAAUGUAAAAAAGAUUAAUAUCAAAAGAAGAAACAUAAAAAUUGAAAAAAUAUGAAUCUAAAAUUUAAAAGGCUCAUGAAAUAGGAAUGUUAAAAGAAAAUGAAUUAUUGAAUAAAUAGAAAUUAAGAAUAUAAACUUAAUUGAUUAAAGAAUCUAUACAUAAUGAAUAAUAACUUAAAUUAUAAGUAUAUAAAUAUAUAAUUUUGUAGAAAAUCCAAAAAAAAGAAUACGCCAAAUUACAUCUUAUAUGA